GGAAAGGAUAUCUCACUUUGCUUGCUCCACCAGACUGACAUUAUAAGACAUCACCAAUCAAAACUAGAGCUUUGAAUUGCACUGAAAGUGUAUAGAAAACCAGUACAAAGUCCACAGCAGCAAUGUAGCAUACUUCUGGCAACUCAUCUACCUCAGGCAUUUCCAUGAAGAAACUCGGUUUUGUUGCAAACUGGUUCUACAAAUCGAAACUUCUCUUAACCUGGAGACAAUUGUAUUAUAUAAUAAUAAUAAUAGGACAGGGAAGCUAACAGGCAAGAGGAAGUGAUAUGUCUUAGGUUAUGCUUUAGUGGUAAAAACAGAGCUGCAGUCUACAAACUUUGACUCCAGAUCUCCUGCUACAAAUAUUGGACCUAACUGCCCCUUGGGAAAACAGGAAACCCGAAAACAUCAGGUGUCCCUGUCUUAGGUAAAAACAGCUAUCUCAACUCUUUUCCUCAUGAUUUAACUGCAGUGAAAAGUGGGACUGAAAUCUUAAUCUGAUGUCAUCUGAAUUUACCUCUGCUCUCAGGUUCAGAGCUGAGGUUCCGUCUUUGUUUCUUCCACUUUUACCUAAAGCCAAGAGAUGGAGCCCCCUGAAGUGACCAUCAUUGAAGGUGUAGGGGAUGAGGUCACUGUUGUGGCUGGUGUAGUGGUCCUUAUCAUGGCCCUGGUCCUGGCCUGGCUUUCCACGUAUGUUGCGGAUGGCAGCAACCAUCUUCUCGGCAAUGUUGUGGCUACUGGAGAUUCAUCAGUGAUCCAUCUGAGCCCCAUUGAACGCUAUGUGGGAAACUCAGUGUCAGAACAGUCGGAGCCCCAAAGUGCCACAGAAGGAGCCGAAGAGAAGGCAGAAGAGGGUCCUGCAUCAGAUGCAGGCCCUGCAGUUGAGCAAGGAGAUAGCAGCAGUAGUUCAGAUGCUACCUUAGACCAUCUGUUGGACAUUCAGGGCCUGCCCCAAAGGACCUUUUCUGUUGCUGCUGGUUCCCAGGAGAACCGGAAUGUUCCACAAACAGCACCUGUCAUGGUGGAGAAUGAGGCAAACCCAGGGUUUAUCAAAGUGCGCCUCAAAUUCCUUAAUGACACAGAAGAGGUGGCCAUUGUGAAGCCCGAGGACACCAUUGGCAUCCUCAAGAGCAAAUACUUCCCAGGCCAGGAAAGCCAGAUGAAGUUUAUCUACCAGGGCCAGCUGCUUCAGGACCAGGCACGGACUCUUCGCUCCCUCAACAUCCUGGACAAUUGCGUAAUCCACUGCCAUAUCUCCCAGACUGCUGCCUCUGCCAUGCCUGACCCAGUGGUUGCACCAUCGGAAGCUGCGGGUAUCACUUUGAGCAUGGGCAACUUGAUGAUUCCCAUUUUUGUGGUGAUGUUGGCAGUCAUCUGGUAUUUCCGCAUCAACUACCGGCAGUUAUUCACAGCCCCUGCCACCAUUUCCUUGGUUGGGAUGACUGUAUGUUUUAGUUUCCUUGUUUUUGGAAUGUAUGGACGAUGAGCAGCAAUGGGGAAAGAGGGCACGGACUUAGUAGUCUGUCAAAUCUGAAUGCUCUAUGUUUUGUACUUUCACUCGUUAAUACCCUGUGAAUAACAGAUAAAGCUCUUAUCCAGAAUUCUAUGUUGAUACAAGGUUAAAGUCCCACAGACUCUUUGAGUUGAACAAUUGUACUUAAUUUCUAUUUUCUAUAGCUACAGCAUUUGGAUAUUUUUGAAGAGGAAAAUGAGACAAAUAUAGAAGAGCAAGGCAACUCGCAAAAGGAUUGAAUUAUCUAAACAAUUAGAAGCACCGCUCUGCUGUUUUCAGGGUUCUGUGCCACUAAGAGAAACUUAGCUGCCACAUUUUUCUCCAUGACUUCUAGGAUUUGGCAUCCAGUGAUGAUUAUCUUAGAGAACUUUAUACUGAAGUGCAGUUCCUGUCCCUUAUGCUCUUCAGACUUCUGAGACCCACAACAGAGGAAAUGGGCUUUUAGGCUAAGUAUUUGCCUGUUUACUUUGCUACUGCUUUGGAAAGCAUGGAACCUUGGCACAUGCUUCUAUCCAUUCCACUGCAACCAGUUACUGUACAUGGUAAUUAUGCAACGACCUACUGAUCUCUCUCCAUGAAUACUGCAUCAUCUAACUCCUUUUACCCUGUGAUAGAGUUGUGAACUACUGGAACACUUGCCUUCUCCCCUUCACUUCACCAAGAUACGUGCAUCUUCAACUGUGUUCUGAAGACACCUGGCCAGACCUUACCUGUAUGGAUUCCAUUUAGAUGCUCCCCCUGUACUCUAGGAAAGAAGAGUCCUCUCAAAAAAUGGUCAUUUUUGCAUGUGCGCACUUUGCAAGGAUGAUGACGCAGAAUGUUAUUAGUAACCAAGAUGCUUGCAUGGUACACCUCUUACAGUCUAAAGGCAGAAUAUCUGUCCUCUUUUUAACCAGGUUGACUUGUUAAAAGUAUUAAAACCAAAUGUAUCUCCUUGAAAUUCACUGCAAGUGACUCAAAGGGCUUCAAAUAGGGGACAGGCAUUACUGGCUGGAUUUUUCAUCUUCUGUGUGAGAAAUGACAAUUUAGCAUCGAGGAGGACAUAAAGACCAGACUGGAUAAAUGUAAUCACCUCACCACAUCCCUCUCUGCAAGGUUGUGGGCAACUUUGCUUUGAACUUGUUAAAGUAUUUAAAAUCCCACAACUUGUUUUUGGAGUUGGGGGAGUUAUUAAAUUUUAGGCCCCCAUGAGUGCCAACGUAAGCUUGAAUUGAAUAACCAACUUCACAUUUCUGAUGUAGUUAUCAGUGCCAAGUAAAUUCACCAUUCCUGCUCAAAAUUAAUCUCUAGCGUUUGUACAGCUAGUUUAGCUUUUAAAAUCAAAGCAUUCAGAAAUGAGGCUUUAAGUUAAACCUGUGCUUGACAUCCACUGUGUGAAAUGUAUCCUAAAAAUCCAUGUAGAUAUUAUGUGGUUGUCGUCUGUGGAGUUAAAGCAAAUUUGCUUUAAGAUGAAGGGAAAUAAAGCCAGGCAUGUAAGUAACUACACCCUCUGGCCUCCUGUGGCAA